AUGCAGUUCUCCAUCGCCGCUGUCCUUGCUCUUGCUACCGCCGUUGCUGCUGGUGCCCUCCCCCCUGCCGGUGUUAACUCUGGCACUGGUGCUGGUGAGAAGGUCGGCAACAAUGACAUUCGCUUCCCUGUGCCCGACAGUGUGACCACCAAGCAGGCCUCCGACAAGUGUGGUGACUCUGCCCAGCUCUCUUGCUGCAACAAGGUCACCUAUGCCGGAGACACAACUGAUGUUGACGAGGGUCUCCUUGCUGGUGCCCUCAGCAACUUGAUCGGUGCUGGCUCUGGCUCUCAGGGUAUUGGUCUCUUCGACGAGUGCUCCAAGAUUGACAUCCCUAUUAUCAACUUGGUUAAUGUUCAGGACCUCCUCAACAAGAAGUGCCAGCAGAACAUUGCUUGUUGCCAGAGGACCGAGUCCAGUGCCGAUGGCUCCCUCAUCGGCGUUGCUCUUCCUUGCAUCGCUCUCGGCGCUCUCCUCUAA